AUGCGCGAGUCGAUCAGUUGUUUAGACGAGAAAACAAAAAAAAAAUUAAGUCAUUGCGCGUUUUUUAUUAGAAAUUUCUCGAAAAAUAUUCGUCUCUCAAAAAAGGAGAAAUUAAAAUUUUAAAAGAACGAAUACAGCACCAUGACACCAAAAAUAUCGUUACCUCUCUUGCUGCUAUUGGCAUUUGUGUGUCUCCUGUUGCCACAUCAAAGCAUCAGUCAACAAUGCUGCGAAGACUACUGCUACUCCAGUGAUCGCGACAAGACUCAAGUACUUCGAUUCGCCACAAAAACCGCCUAUGAAUUUGCCAAAGGGGCCCAAACUAAUAAUGAUUAUUACGUACCGAAUUGCGAACCAAAGAAAAUCUGGAUUUUAUCGCGACAUGGCACACGGUAUCCAAGCGCUAAGGAAAUGAAACAGAUGGAAAAGUUACAAAACUUACGUGAUGAGAUUUUGGAUAAUUAUGACACGAGGCGAUCAAAGCCUGAUCAAGGAGCAUUGUGUGAUGGCGAUCUUGCUGGUUUCCGUAAUUGGGAAUGGGAUAGUAAUAUAACGGCUCAAUAUGAUAAUUUCCUUGUAUGGCAAGGAUGGGAAGAUUUGCGGUUCUUGGCGAAGAGUUUCCAACGUCGUUUCCCAAAUAUCCUUGGAAAUUAUUAUGAAAGGGAGAAAUAUGCUUUUAGAUAUACAGAUACCGAACGAACACUUUCAAGUUAUCGCGCUUUCACUGAGGGACUUUUUGGGCCAAAAGCUUACCUGAACAUUAAUACGCCUCCGCCGCCAGCUAAUGAUAGUUUGCUCAAGUUUUAUGACAUGUGUCCCGCUUUCGAGGAACAAAGUGAUAAAGCUAAGGGUCCCGGUUCGGAAUACCAAAAGUUCAUCGACUCCAAAGUCGGACAAAAGUUCGUUAGUGACGUUUCGAUGCGUCUCGGGUUUAAAUUCAACUUGUCACUUAAGCAAAUUGACACAAUUUGGGACAUGUGUCGCUAUGAACAGGCAUGGCAUUUAGACAAAUACAGCGCAUGGUGCUCGGCAUUCACGAAGAGUCAAGUUGAAGUGAUGGAGUACCUGGAAGACAUUAAGUACUAUUACAAGCAAGGUUAUGGCAAUGAAUUGAAUUCAAAUCUGGCAUGCAGUUUGGCGCAAGAUUUACUCAUGCACAUGGGUUCUGACAAAAAUCCAUCGUUACAAGCUUAUUUUGCACAUUCCUCGACAAUUCAGUUAUUCCUUACUGCUCUCGGUGUCGCCAAGGAUCGUGAGAGCUUGAGAGCCGACAAUUUCGAUGACAUGAAAUAUCGUCAUUUUAGAACGAGUAAAAUUGGUCCUUUCGCUACGAAUAUUGCUGCAGUCAAAUAUGAUUGUCCUCGAGAUGCCGAACCAAAUAAAAUCAUGUUCUACUUAAACGAGAAGCCAGUCAACUUCGAAUGGUGCAAAGUUGGAUUGUGUGAAUAUAGUGCGUUGUUAAGACAUUUGAAGCGUUUCCAACAUGCCGAUUGCAAUAGUUUCUUCUGCGGAGGAAAUGGAGCCAGCGGAUUGUAUAAAAAUGGAAUUUUGCUCGUUUUAGGGGCAUUUGGCGUUGUAACGUUAUGGAAUGCUAUGAGGAAUUAAUAAAUGUCGAUUUGAAAAAAAAUUAAAAUUAA